AUGACGAAACGUACAUUUAUUAUCGCAAAUUGGGGAUCUGACAGUAUGCUAAUACUUCUUCAAUAUAAUCACCAACCUUUUCUCAAUCAAGUGACGCAUUUUACUGGAAAUGAUUCUCGACCAUAUUCUGUUGCCGUUGGUGACUUCAAUGAUGAUCAUCGACUGGAUGUUGUCGUUGCUAAUUAUGGUAGUGAUAAUGUUGGUAUCCUUCUUGGUUAUGGAAAUAGAAGUUUUCAAAAUCAAAUGAUAUAUUCAACCGGUUUCAAAUUUGGUCCAUGUUCAGUUGCUGUUGGUGAUAUCAAUAGUGACAAUCGAUUAGAUAUCGUCGUUGCAAAUUCGCUUACUAACAAAAUAAGUAUUCUUCUUGAAUAUGGUAAUGGCAUCUUUUUACUAAAAAAUUCAUAUUCAACUGGAGAUGAUUCUCAUCCGAAUAUGGUCUCAGUAUGGGAUGUCAAUAAAGAUGAUCAAUUGGAUAUCAUAGUGGUCAAUUCUAUUAAAAUGUAUUCAUAUUUAAUGGGUUAUGAUUCUCAUCCAUACUCGGUAGCUCUUGGUGAUUUUAAUAAUGAUAGUUGGAUAGAUAUGGCUGUUACAAAUUAUGGUACUGACAAUGUAGAAAUUCUUUUGCAGGCAUGUUAA